GGUUUGGCAGACGCGCAGCUACAGGGAUACCAAGAUGGAAAUGCAGGGGCUUUCUGAUGCCCUAAACCUCCACUCUCAACAUGGCGCCGUACACAGAGCCACUGUUACCACGCUCCAAACAGCCUCGGGGUCAAUUUCGCCUUUUAUUUUCGCCGAAAAUGAAGCGGACAGACUACAACUGUCGUGUCGGCCUCAGAGUGACAACAACAACAACUCUACCAGGCCGAAGAUGCUUCGCCUGGCGGCGGAAAGUGGCAGCGAUGUCUUUUGCUGGCCUGUCAAAAAACCUGCCGUCGGCGCGAAUUCGGUAAACUACAGAGCCGAUCUGGAGCUCCACAGCAUCAUUUCUGAAAAAGAAGCCGAGCUUCAGACGCUGCUUGGGACGCACGAAGCCGCCUGGAAGUACGAGGAGAGCGCGGAUAGCGCCAUGCAAAUGGCGCUGCCUCUUUUCGAGGGGGAAGAGGAAGCGAUGUCUCCUCGGCAGAGGCUGCCUGGAGACGCUCGAGGGGACAGCGAGGGCGGCACGGAUAAAACCGGACAGGAGCUAUUCGUCGUGUUUAACGUCGUCAAAGAACACGGAGCCGCCAAGCACCAGUUGGGCGAAAGCGGAAGUAAGAGCAAAUGCAGAAACGGUGGCAUUAAACCUGAUGACGGUGGCUCCAUGGAGGUCGCUCUGAUUGAUAACGUUGCCUUCCCUGAAUGUCAUGACAGCCUGAGUUGCCUUGAUACUGAGCGGGCUUUCAGUGUAAACGAACAGACUGACACGAACAAACAGGUCCAAGAUGCUUUGUUGACAAACAAAUAUGGCGACAAGGUUUGUGGCCAUCUCUUCCCGGAGAACAGUGAAGCUGACAAGGAGCUAUCCCAGCAGCACAACAGCGAAGAGGGCAUCGCUUUGGUUUCUGAAGUGGUGGGAGUGAUGGAGGCCAUGGAAACAUCUGGGUUUGUACCAGAGACUGGGGGGCUGAAGGCCUCCACAAACGCCGUCACAUUCUCCACCAACACGCCCAAUACUGAGACGUUUACUGGAACCAUAACAGUAAACAACCAGAGCAUCAUAGUGACUGUGGAGAACGGCCUCUUGACCCUCACGACUCCACCAAACGGACAGGGACUGAAAGAUGACGGCAUGGUCAGCCUAAAGGAGCACUUAGGCAUGAAGGAGCACGAAGAUAUCGUUCUUCUGAACUAUGACAGUGGUGCCAAGUCCAUCGGGAAGAUCAGUACGCUGGCGGGUUCCAGCACCAACCAGCAGGAAGGACACUGCUCUGGUCUGUCUGUCAGCGAUUCAGAACUGGCCUUAGUGGAUGAUUGCUCUCUACCAGAACUCAGCACCUCACUAGACUCCUGUCCUUUAGUGAAACAGGAAACAGGAGCUCUGUGUGUGGUAACAGAGGCAGGCCUGCUCUCCUCUUCACUUAAAGCCACUAUGAUCAAAAGGCACAAGGACUCCCACUCUGUUCCACUGAGCAGGUCCAAAAAAGACACUGUGGCCACCUUUGAAUGUCCUGAACCGGGCUGCUCCUGUACGUUUGACUCUCGCCAGAAGCUUAAGGUUCACCUCCUGAACCACGCGGAGGACCCCCGGCCUUAUCAGUGCACGGUGGAGGGCUGCAAGUGGGCUUUUGCCACUUCGUAUAAGCUGAAGCGCCACCUUCAGUCCCACGAUAAGCAGCGGCCUCACAUGUGCCAGUUUGAAGGCUGUGGUAAGCGCUUCACCACGGUUUACAAUCUGAAAGCGCAUGUCAAAGUGCACGAGCAGGACAACGCCUUCAUCUGUGAGAUUUGCAGCGAAAGGUUUCGAACUUCGACCAGGCUCAACAACCAUCAGAGGGUCCAUUUUGAGCCACAGAGGCCCCACAAGUGUGAAUAUCCAGCCUGCGAGAAAACCUUCAUCACCUUCAGUGCCCUGUUUUCGCACAAUCGCACCCACUUCAAAGAAACGGGCAACUUCACAUGUACGUACCCGGGGUGCGAUAAGACGUACGACAAAGCCUGUCGUCUCAAAAUACACAUGAGGAGUCACACGGGCGAAAGGCCGUUUCUGUGCGACUCUGAGGGCUGUGGUUGGUCCUUCACCAGCAUGUCUAAGUUGCUUCGUCAUAAGCGGAAGCACGACGACGACCGUCGCUUUGUCUGUACAGAGGAGGGGUGUGGGAAGUCGUUCACCAGGGCUGAGCACCUCAAGGGCCACAGCAUCACCCACCUGGGUACCAAGCCUUUUCAGUGCCACACAGAAGGUUGUAACGCCAAAUUCUCAGCGAGAAGCAGUUUGUACAUUCACUCCAAGAAGCAUAAGCAGGACGCCAGCAGCCUGAAGACGCGUUGUCCCGUGGCCAACUGCUCCAAGUUCUUUUCUGCCCGCAGCAGCCUGAAGAGCCACAUGCUCAAACACCACCAACUCAGGCCAGAUGUUUUUAGCCAUAUGGAGACCACGCCCAGCCUGACCCCGAGCAGUGAGCUGGUCAGCUCCAACCUGACGCCAGUCGCAGCGCCGGGCGCUGCCGGAGGCGACCAGCUCCCAAGCCUGGACCUUAGCUCCUUGUUGUCAGCCGUGCCUGGAGACCCGGCUCCCACUGCCGGGAUCGGAGUGGGAAUUCCCGUGGCAGGGAGCAGCUCUAAUGUCCCUUUUACAAUGGACCUUUCUCUGGUCAGCUCAGGCAUCCUCACCAUUGACCCGUCCUCAGUUGGCACCACACUUGUUGCCAGCUCUAACACCACAAUGGCCAAAGCCUUGGACCCGCUCAUUAUGGCACCCAACGCUGACAUCGUCCCUCAUCACGGGUUGGAGGGAACAGGAGACGUUCUGCCCCCACAAGGCACCCUCAACCUGGAUGACGUGCAGACAGUCACCCCAGAGGCCCUGGGAUCUCUGACGAUGCAUGGGUCUGGGGUCAGUGUGGACCCCUCCAUGCAGCACCCGCUGGGCUCCUCCAGCAGCCUUAGUGUGGAGCCAUCCUCUCUGGCUGUGGCCCCCGUUGCCGAGCUGCUGGCAUCACCCCCAAAGGUUGUGGAGGUCGGUGGCCAAGAAGGGUCUGGACCUUUGCUGGGGUGUGUGGAGGUGCUGGGCCCUCAAGAGGGGGGGAAGGUCCUCACCCACUUUGUUUUUCCAAGUCAAAGCAGCAGCUUCAGCCAGCAGAGAGACCUGGAACUUAGCGCAGUUUCUCCAAGCAGCUUCCUGGAGAGUGGAGGUUCAGCCAGGACUGAUUACAGAGCCAUUCAGCUGGCCAAGAAGAAGAAGCAAAGAGGCUCCUGUGCCACUUCAGGGGCAUCAGGCGCAUGCCAGAGAAAAGCUAAAGGUUCAAAGGUUUCUUCAGCACCGGCGCCACUAACCUCUUCCAGCGGGCGGUGUGGAGACGGAGCUGUGACGGUUAGCGGGGGCCUGACACUGAGAGACCCGGUCACAGGUGCUCAGUAUGUUCAGAUUCAGCUGCUGCAGGAUGACCCGGCUGCCGACGGUGACCUGGCUUUCCAGCUGAGCUCACAGCCCUCCAGCUCUCAUUCUCAGCUCACCGUUGACCUGCCUGUCAACAUCUUACAGGAACCAUCAGGGAUGACUGAGGACCACGGCGGCUCUGACAGUUCUCAAUUCACAGGAAGCACCAUCAAUCUACAGGACUUGGAGUGACCACAGGACCAGCUGCAGCCUUAAAAAAAACUAAUUUCCCCUGACCAACAAACCCUGAGAGGGGGGUGUGCAUCCUCCUGGUCCAGAACCUCAAAAGCCUUCUUGAAUCAUGCUUGCUGUAUGUUUGUGUUUUUUUAAGGGGUACGACUUAAGUCCACACGCGCUGCACCUUAACUUGAAAUGGUUCAGUGAAAAAUUCUAGUUUUUACCCAAAUCCGACCCGAUAGGCUUCUUGUGUGUCUCAUUGAUCCGUCCUGUCACAGACAGUCGUUUGUUCCACGGUGCCAUGCUACUGCUCAUGCAUGCAGUCCACACUCGAGUUGCCUUACACACGCUUCCUGCUGCUCACGUACAGACUUUCUUUUUUUUUUCCAUUCAUACUUUUAUCAACUUGAUUUAUUUUUUUAUUACCCAGAAAUCUGUGUUAACAUCAUUAAGUGUUUUUUUUUUUGUACAGUAUGGUAAGAGAUGUUCUGAUCCUCAUUUUGGUAUUUUAUUUAUAUUUGAGUUUACAGAAUGGCAGAGCCGAGUGCAGAUUGGUUCAAGAAUUAAAGCACAAUAAAACAGAA